GCGGACCGUCGCGUCGCGUUCCUCCGCGCCUGCACCCCGUUCCGCUCGCACUCAUGGCCCCCUCCGUCCUCAUUCACGCCGCCGUCUUCGCUGCCGGCGCUGUCGUCGGCGGUGUCGGCGCCGCUGUCGCGUCGAAGCGCACCGCACCUGCACCUUCAGCAAGCACAACCGCCGCAGUCCCCGGGGGACCCGUUACCCCGCCUUCCGUGCCCCCGAAGCCGGUGGUGCAGAUGAACGACAAAGGCGGGGCGAGGAUCACAGAUAUUGAGCCUGUGGGCUCAUUGGUGUCACCAGUGCUGAAGUACGGGAACCCAGGCCCGAUCGCGGACGCGCUUGUACGGAAGGCAUAUGUUGCGGCGUACGACCGGCGGCUGAGGCACCCAGCAUGGACCGCAGAACACCUUACCCUCGCCUCCCUUGGCAAGUCUGCCCUCGUCGCCGGCCCUGAAGCAUCCGAAGCAGGCGACCGCGGCAAGUCCACCUUCGUUGAGGACCCCAGUAUUCCGGUCAUGUUCCGCGCGAAGCUGAGCGACUACUUCCGAAGUGGCUAUGACAGAGGGCAUAUGGUGCCCGCCGCAGACGCGAAGAUCUCGCAAGCAGCGAUGGAUGAAACCUUCCUCCUCUCCAACAUCGCCCCUCAAGUAGGCGAUGGAUUCAACAGGCAUUAUUGGGCCUAUCUCGAAGACUGGUGUCGCAAAUUGACAGGCGCCUUCGCCGACGUCUACGUCUUCACUGUACCCUUGUACCUCCCAAAGCAGGACCCCGAUGGCAAGUGGCGUGUGCACUACGAAGUCAUCGGCAACCCGCCCAACGUCGGCGUCCCCACGCACUUCGCCAAGGUCGUCCUCGCCUCGCGCCCCACGUCGCCGGCCACGCCGGACGUGCACGAGCUCUCGAUCGGCGCGUUCGCGCUCCCGAACGCGGUGAUCCCGGACGAGGCGCCAUUGGAAGGGUUCGUAGUGCCAGUCGACGCCGUCGAGCGCGCCGCGGGGCUCACCUUAUUCUCCGACGAGGUCAAGAACGCGGCGAAGCAUAUCUGCAAGACGACGAAGUGCCAGGUUACCGUGCGCAGGUUCGACGAUGCGCGGAAGAAGGCGAUUGGGGCGCCGAGGAAGUAGGGCAUCGUAGACUAUGGUGCACGUCGCUUAGUCACCGCCACUUUUGUACAGCCGCCUGCCACGUCACGCCACGAGGUCGGAUUUUCUAUCCCUCUUGCCAAAUGAUAGGAAAUAGCAAGGGGAGCAUUCCUCCAAGAC